AUGGUUUCGUGCGCCGUCCUUCCACCACAACUCUCCCAAAGAAGGGCACCUCCCGGGCAACUUGGACCCAGAGAGUUUGGAAGGCAUGGGCCCGCCACAUAUGACAGGAGUCCGCCGAUGAACACAGCCAGACAGAGCAGCCACAGGAAGAGUGUCUGGCGAAACCUCCAGCUAGCUUUCAAAAGCAAAUCGAGCGCCCAGCCAGAGGUAGAGGUGAAUAACCUGCCUCCAUUCGUCAUGCGUCAGAUCCCGUACGAUAUCUGGCGCAAGCAUUACGCCAAAGAUAAAGAGGGAAAUUAUAGGGGCACCCAUGCACCAGCAGAGGAUUGUCUCCUAAAACCCAGUGAUGUCCAAAAGUGGCGGCUGGGCGAUGAGAUCACGGCUGCCGACAGAUGGACUCGGGGAAGCGAAGUCCUGCCAGUUUACGCAGAAGUGUCUGCAGAUGAACCGGUCCCUGAGUACCAAUUGGACCCACCAGAUGUACCACCAGAUUAG